AUGUCGAAAAUCGAUUUCUACUCUCACCUUGUCUCACCUCCAUGCCGUGCGGUCUAUAUGUUUAUGACUGCUAACGAAAUCCCAUUUGAAUACCAUAAAAUCGAUCUCAUCACAGGUGAGCAAAAAUCUGAAGAAUACCGUAAAAUCAAUCCGCAUCAAAAAGUUCCCGCAUUGAAAGAUGGAGACUUUUUCCUUUCCGAAAGUAUCGCAAUGAUUCAAUUCCUGGCUCAAAAGUAUGAGACUCCAAAUCACUGGUAUCCUACUGAUAUAAAACGAAGAGCUAAAAUCGACGAGUACCUGUCGUGGCAUGACAACUGCCGACAAGCAACAGGAAUACUAUUUUACUUUGUGGCUGUAACGACCAGUUUAAGAAAUGAACCAAGAAAUGAAGGACUUAUCAGUGAGAGAAAAACAAAAUUAACAGCAGCACUAGACUUGUUUGAAAAGUACUUCCUUAAAGAUUCUGACUUCAUCGGUGGCAAUGAAAUCUCCAUCGCCGACGUUGUAUCAAUAUCUGAAUUUAGUCAGAUUGAAUAUAUUGGCAUUGACAUCGGUAAGCACAGACCAAAAGUGAAAGCCUGGAAAGAACGAGUCGUUGCUAGUCUGGGGGCUGCUUUCGAGUCUGCCCACCAAGUUUUGGACCAAAUAUUUAAACCACUACAAAUCAAGGAAGAAUUCGAGUAGACGGCGUUACUCACCAUUCGGGCGAUACAGAGUACAGUGCAAUGGACACACGAUAUCACUUUGGCUCUGUAGUUAUCAUGCAUGUAUUGUCCGUUCUUUGCGGACUCACUGUAAUUCGAUAACAAGAAGUAAAUGUGCCUCUAGUUUUGUAUAACCUGGUUAUAAAUGUGUUUUAAUUCGUAUUAUUGUAGUAUGUGUUAGUCGAUGUGACUGUGACUCU